AAACACUACCAAUGCCAGGUCCUCUAAGACGGAGAGUUACGUCGACAACAAGCGCCGGGACGACAUCCGACAGGCCAACAUCCUCGCUGCCCGCGCCGUGGCUGAUGCUGUGCGAACGAGCCUCGGUCCAAAGGGCAUGGACAAGAUGAUUUCCUCAGCCAACGGGGAGGUCAUCAUUACCAACGACGGCGCCACCAUCCUUAACAAGAUGGAGGUUCUCCAGCCUGCCGCCAAAAUGCUGGUCGACCUAUCUCGAUCCCAGGAUGCCGCUGCUGGUGACGGCACCACUACCGUUGUCGUUCUUGCUGGCUCCCUUCUCCGUCGAUCCCUCUCCCUCCUCUCCGCCGGCAUACACCCUACUGUCAUCUCCGACUCCCUUUACAAACUUUCCGUUCGUGCAGUUGACGUCCUGCACUCCAUGGCUAUCCCCCUAGAGCUCUCCGAUCGCGAUUCACUUGUCAAGUCCGCCGCUACCUCCUUAAAUAGCAAGGUUGUGAGCCAGUACUCCUCCCUCCUUGCCCCUCUUGCAGUCGAUGCCGUUCUUUCCGUUGUUGAUCCUGAACAUCCUGACCUCGUUGACCUCCGUGACAUUAAGAUCGUCAAGAAGCUAGGAGGCACUGUUGACGACACGGAGCUCAUCCAUGGCCUUGUCUUCGAUAAGAAGGUAAGCCACACGGCCGGGUGCCCCACUCGCGUUGAGAACGCUAAGAUUGCAGUAAUCCAGUUCCAGAUUUCGCCGCCAAAAACGGACAUCGAGCAGAGCAUCAUCGUCUCUGACUACACCCAGAUGGAUCGGAUCCUUCGAGAAGAGCGCAACUAUAUCCUGGGCAUGGUAAAGAAGAUUAAAGCCUCAGGAUGCAAUGUGCUUCUUAUCCAGAAGAGUAUCCUUAGAGAUGCUGUCACUGAUCUUUCACUGCAUUACCUUGCGAAGGCCAAGAUUCUGGUGGUGAAGGAUGUCGAGAGGGAUGAAAUUGAAUUCAUAACAAAGACUCUCAACUGUCUCCCAAUUGCUAACAUAGAGCACUUUCGUGAGGAGAAGCUGGGUCAUGCUGAUUUAGUGGAAGAGGUUUUAAUUGGUGAUGGAAGUAAGAUAAUUAAGAUUACAGGCAUCAAGGAUGUGGGAAGGACUACUACUGUGCUUGUGCGGGGUUCAAACCAGUUGAUGAUCGAUGAGGCAGAAAGGAGUCUUCACGAUGCACUUUGUGUGGUGAGAUGCUUGGUUAACAAGAAGUACUUGAUCGCUGGUGGUGGCGCUCCAGAAAUUGAUAUGUCAUGGAAACUGGGUGUGUGGGCAAAGGAGCUCAAAGGAAUGGAGAGUUUCUGCAUCAAGGAGUUUGCUGAAGCUCUUGAAGUCAUCCCAUACACACUGGCUGAGAAUGCUGGACUGAACCCCAUUUCUAUUGUGACAGAGCUGCGGAACCGACAUGCAGAAGGUGAGACUAAUGCUGGUAUCAAUGUGAGGAAGGGCCAAAUCACAAAUAUCCUGGAUGAAAAUGUGGUUCAGCCACUACUGGUCAGCACGAGUGCGGUCACUCUUGCAAUUGAAUGUGUGAGGAUGAUUUUAAAGAUAGAUGAUAUUGUUACUGUUCGAUAGAUUUAUCAACAUUGUCUGGUAAUUAAGAUGGGUGUAGUGAAGGAAUCGAUAUUGUCGUGGAAUAUGGCUGAGUUCCAUAUUACCUCUUAUUAUGUUUUGGGUUUGUGUUUUAGUUCGCUUGUUGACCUUUUCUUCUUGUCCAAUCUAAUUUGAUUCUUGACUUUUCGCUUUGGCUGGUCUUGUUGCCGUGUUUUGUUUCUGGAUUGAAAAUUUUAUAUUACUUUUGAUGUCCGAUAUGUUGAAACUACUGAGAGAUCUAGUGAAUUGUAUAAAAAGGGUUUUUUGGCGCA